AUCAACACCUGCCAGGCACUCGAUCCGCCGCCCCCAAGACGCCCAAUCCAUCAUCCUACGAGUGCGGACAGCCUCGUCUUCUCUCGCCCUUACAUCCUACUUCCUCAGAGUCGCCGUCCCACCGUCUCAUCCAUCGACCCUCCGCUCUUGUCGUAGCCCGCCACAGCAAGCCUCUCGCAUCCUCUCGCAUCCUCUCGGGCCCUGGCAUGAACCAUACUCCCCGCGGCUGCAUGUGGUAGCGUCGUUGCUUGUGCCACACAUACAACAGUCGUGGCAUGCUAGAGCGCACGUCGGCAUGUCUCGACACUGGAGUCCGCCUCUCUUUGCGCCAGAAGAGUCUGUUCCCCAAGAGUCGCCGACUGCUGUCCUCGUCUUUUUGGUCAACGAACGCUCCUGAUGUCGAUCACCUCUGCCCUGCCCAACUCUACAACCCACACGUCUCUGCCACCUAUGAUCCUACCACCGCCAACUCCACAAAGACCGCCGCCCGCAACUCUACCACCACGCCCGCCUCCUCCUUCUGCCCCGCCUCCUCCGCCGAUUUCCAAGAUGCUCCCUUCCUCGACUUUCUCUAUCCCGCCCCCACUCAGCUCUUCAUCACGCGCCUGUCUCAAUGGGAAAGAUGGUCUCGCAAAUCCGCUCGCCCCAAUGUCUUGAGAGGCUAUUCCUCCUUGACCACAACCAAAGAUCAAGACGCCCAACUCUCUUCCCAUGCUCACAAAGACCUGCUUGCUUUGCUUGACCCCGCCCGCCCCAAUCCGAUCGAUGAGACCUCCGCCUUUCUCGACAUCGAACGCGCUUGGAAUCUCUCUUCCCAGCUUGCCUCGUCCCAACAGACCCUGAAAAUGGACGCCAUCGUUUGGUUUGCCCAGAAGAACACCAGGGCCGCCGACAAUCAUGCUGUAGACCUCUUCGAUAGCUUGCCUGACGCCUUGAAAUCACCUGCUGUCUAUGCUGCCGCCAUCUCCUCAAACCUGAGGCUUGAUCGCCAAGCCCGUGCCGUCACUCUCCACAAGACUGCCUCGACACUGCCACGUGAAGGAUCUAUUGCUUCCGAUGCCCUCAUGGCCGCUGCCAUCUCUCAAUCAGACUGGCCUCUGGCCAUCUCUGUCCAGACAGAGUGGGAAACAUACCAUGGCUCCAGCCUUAAAGCCCACGAGACUCAAUCGCUUGGCUCCGAACUAGACAAACACUCUUUAGAUUCUCUCGAAGUGCUGCGUAUCCUGCGCGAACGCUACGCAGAAAGCUGCCAAAGCGAGGACGACCUUUUCACCCAUGACCUGUAUCGAUUACACAAACUUCUGAUGCUACAGUACAUUCGCAACCAGUCAAGUUUUACGAACUUUGCCCUGCCAGGCCGCAAUAACGACGAGCUCCGUGGUCGGGUAAGACGUGUGUUUGAGCAGACGUACAAGAGUGGCUUGACUUCGCGAAGCCUGUUCGAAAACGCACUCCGUACACUGGUGUUUGUCAAAGGCUGUGCGACCAGCCCCAACUGCAGUGCACUUUUCGUGGCUGUUUACAACAUGUAUCGGGAGUCGAGACAUUACUGCCCCUCCGUCUCCCUCCUCAAACAUGUCACUAAGUUCUGGAUGGUUCACAAUAUCGCUUUCGCUGGAAAGGGUCCUGACCGUUCGUUCAUUGGCCUGGACCGCAUACUGAAAGACUGGACCACAUAUCAUUCGAAGCCCGACGCUAAAGCUCUCUUUCACAUAAUGGAUGCGUUCGCUCGUCGCGGUCACGUGGAGGGUGUUAAACAAUACGCUGAUAUGUACAUGUCCCUGUACCCAGAGGGCGCUCGACGUGCCAACCACCUCCGGCCUCUAAUCAAUGUCCAUGCAUUCAAUCGGAAACCAUCACUUGCUGCUAAACAGCUGCACAGUCUGAAGGAUGAGUAUGGUGUCGACCCUGAUCUUGGCUGCUGGCACAUCGUUCUGCUCGCUUACCUCCAGGCCGACGAUUUGUUCGAAGCCAGGGAACAUUUUCGUAGGAUGCUACAAUCCGGGAUUAAGUCUGACUCAGUCACUUAUGCCUCGCUGCUCAAUCUCUACGCAAAACGAGGAGACACAGAUGCAGUCAUUGAUUUGUUGGAUUCUGCAAAGUCAGACGGUGUGAUUGCAAGUACUAGUAUGCUGAACAGUAUGAUUGUCGCUCUCAGCCACAACUCCGAUUUCGAUGGCGCGUCGAGCGCACUCGAACAGAGCAUUCACGCUGUAAAGGAGAGAAUGGCAUCGGGCUCCCUCACUGUCUGUUUCAACACCAUGCUCACUGCGUACAGCUGGAAGAGAGACCUUAGAGCUGUCAUGACAACUUAUCAUCGUAUGAAGAAAGAGAAUGUGCCGCUCGACGCAAGGUCAUACGGAUCGUUAAUGUUGGCUCUCUGUCUCCUACGUCAGUCGCCAUCAGCACACAAGAUCCUCAAGUCAGUCAUGCCCGGGAACGGCAUACGCCCGCAAGCCUUUCAUUACGCCAUCCUCACAACAGGAUACACGAAUCAAGGCAUGCACUCGGAGGCCGUCAAACUUGAACAUGAGAUGGAACAAGCGCGAGUCCGCCAGACAGCCAGCAGUCGAGCGGUGGCGCUGAAAGCAAAAGCGAUUUACGAACAUGAGAUUACGAUCAAAAAGAGAACGAUAUCCCGCCCGUUAUUACCUCUCCAGAAUGCAAUCAAGGAUUAUGAGCAAAUGUUGGAUGACCCACGAACUUUCGGUCAAGGAUACCAACCGUCUUUCGGUCGACUCAACUCUGGGGCGGCUGAGACCAUGGACCUAGGCCAUCUGAUAUACAUUCAUGGUAAGCGUAUGUCGUUCGAAGCAGUGCAGCAUAUCUUCCAGUUGUUUCAUGAGAAGCGUCUGAGUGUCGAUGGCUUCGUGCCAAUCAUGAAUCUUCUCACGAACCUUAUGUUUGUUCAUACUCAGGCUCGAGAGUUUGCUGAGGUGGACAAGUACUGGGAGAUCAUCAAGUCUCGUGCGGAUGAAAUUCGUCGUUCGCAUGUCCCAGCUUCGGAUCUUUUGGCAUCAGCCAAACACGAUGCGGAUGUCAGCUUCACUCGCAAUCCAGAGACCGUUCAGAUCACCGCAAACUACCGUUCUAUGCUCUCACGACCGCUGGAGUACUAUAUUCAAUCACAGGCUGCACAGUCAAGAAUCAGCAAGCUUGUUCCCUUGUUGACGAAAUUGCUCUCACAAGGGUUUCAAUUUUCUAACAGAACAUGGAACGAGCUCAUUGUACGGCUUUGUCAGUCGCACCCUCCACGUGCACUACUUGCCUACACUCUGGUCGAGAAAUACAUGAUGAAGGAUUGGCCAGGCUGGGUCCCUCAGCGACACGGAACGAUCAGCCGUAGCGACAAGAUCUGGAUCAAAACGCAAGAUCAUAAGGAAGGUCUUGAAUACAUCAAGGCGCGGUACUUACCUCCUGACCGAAUUAUUCCUCAGUAUUUUACGAUGGUGCAUCUAGCUAAUGCACUAUUGGAGGUCCGUGGUCUGUCUAGUGUUGGUUUAGGCAACUUUCUGAGAGAGCCAGAUCUUAGCAUGAGUGAGCUGAAGAAGCAGGUGGGCACUAUUCUCGACAUUCGAGAAGAGGCGCCUUUAACGCUACACGCUGUUCAAAGCAUGCCGAGAGUUGUGGACAACCUCCAAGGCAGUCUACUCCGUGCUCAGUAAGGCGGGCCAGAACGAGUCGAAUGAUAGAGCUGGUUUGUUGGAGUUUUGCUUUGGUCCGCGAAUGCUAGCGCUCCUUCCUUCAAUUUUGUAUAUUACCUGUAAAUCAUAGUUGUACACAUAGGCGUGUUAGAGUAGAGUGCGAAGCGCCCAGCGCUUCGAAUGCAAUCAUCGAAUUGUACUUGUACCUGGUAGUCUUUCGUCG